GGGGGUCUCGCCGGGCUGCCCUAUAUGGCUGUGGAUGAGCUCCAUGCUAAUAUCGGCUUGAGAGGCACAGCAUCGCGUUUCUGCCGGCAGUCAGUGGUGGCUUCCAGAGUCUGAGCAGGCUCCUUCACAGCCAUGGCUGAGGGCGGAGAAGGGGAAGAUGAGAUCCAGUUCUUGAGAACUGACGAUGAGGUGGUGCUGCAGAGUGUGGCCACCAUUCAGAAGGAACAUUGCAAGUUCUGCCUGGCCGCUGAGGGACUCGGAAACCGUCUCUGUUACCUGGAAUCCACUUCGGAAGCUAAGUAUGUUCCUCCAGACCUGUGUAUUUGUAACUUUGUGCUGGAGCAGUCCCUGUCCGUGCGGGCCCUGCAGGAGAUGCUGGCUAAGACUGGGCAGAACAGCGAAGGGGCAGGUCAGGGGGGCGGACACCGGACCCUGCUCUACGGCCAUGCCAUCCUCCUUCGCCACUCCUUCAGUGGUAUGUACUUGACCUGUUUGAAGACGUCAAGGUCUCAGACGGACAAGCUGUCGUUCGAUGUCGGACUACAAGAAGAUUCAAUAGGAGAGGCCUGCUGGUGGACCAUCCACCCUGCGUCCAAGCAGAGAUCCGAGGGAGAGAAAGUCCGCAUCGGAGACGACCUGAUUCUUGUCAGCGUGUCAACAGAGAGAUACCUGCACCUCUCUAUCUCCAAUGGCAACAUCCAGGUGGAUGCCUCCUUCAUGCAAACUCUGUGGAACAUCCAACCCACCUGCUCUUCAAGCAACGUGGCUGUAGGGUAUUUGACUGGUGGACAUGUGAUGCGUCUUUGUCACGGACAUGAUGAAAGCUUGACCAUCCCUGGAGCAGACAAGAACGAGGAGGAGCAGAGGAUAGUCAACUAUGAGGCGGGUAAGGGAGCGUCAAGGGCCCGCUCACUGUGGAGACUGGAGCCUCUGAGGAUCAGCUGGAGCGGUAGCCACAUUCGGUGGGGCCAGGCCUUCAGACUACGUCACCUCUCCACUGGCCAUUACCUGGCUCUGACCGAGGACCGUGGACUGGUCCUGCAAGACAGGGUGAAGUCCGAUACCAAGUCCACUGCGUUCUGCUUCAGGGCUUCCAAGGAAAAGGGGGACUCGGGCCCGAAGAGGGACAUCGAAGGGAUGGGUGUUCCAGAGAUAAAGUACGGGGACUCUGUUUGCUUCAUCAUGCACGUGCAGACAGGACUGUGGCUGUCUUACCUGGCACCUGACGCCAAAUCGUCUCGCCUAGGACCCCUGAAGAGACGGGCCUGCCUACAUUCUGAGGGCCACAUGGACGAUGGGCUGAUCCUGCAGCGCUGUCAGCAUGAGGAGUUUCGCGCCGCUCGCAUCAUCCGCAACACCACAUUUCUCUUCGUCAACUUCAUCAAGGCUUUGGACAGCACCGCUAACGGCGAGUCCAUGGCGGUGGCUGGGUACGUCGAAGAGGUGCUGCAGACGCUGAACGAUCUGAUCGAGUACUUCAAACAGCCCGACUUGGAGUUGGAGCAUGAGGAGAAACAGUGUCUCCUCCGUUCGCUCAUCAAGCGUCAGGACCUCUUCAAAGAGGAGGGAAUGCUCGCCCUCUUGUCCAAAUGCAUUGACAGAAUGAACCUGUACAACAGUGCUGCACACUUUGGAGAGAUGGCUGGCGAGGAGGCGGGCGCUGCUUGGAAGGACAUUCUCAACCUUCUCUAUGAGCUCUUGGCCUCACUGAUUCGCGGGAACAGAAACAACUGCACCCAGUUUUCCCGCAACUUGGACUGGUUGGUCAGCAAACUGGAGAGACUGGAAUCUUCAUCAGGGAUCCUGGAAGUCCUCCACUGCAUCUUGGUAGAAAGCCCAGAGGCUCUGAACAUCAUCCAGAGAGGGCACAUUAAAUCCAUCAUCUCUUUGCUCUACAAGCAUGGACGCAACCACAAGAUUCUCGAUGUGUUGUGCUCACUCUGUGUUUGUAAUGGGGUGGCAGUGAGAGCCAAUCAGAAUCUGAUCUGUGACAACCUUCUCCCCAAAAGGGACCUGCUUCUUCAGACCCGACUGGUCAACGAUGUUCAGAGCAUGAGACCAAAUAUCUUCCUGGGCAUGGCGGAAGGUUCGGCUCAGUACAAGAAGUGGUAUUUCGAGCUGGUGAUCGACCAGGUGGACCACUUUGUCACCGGUGAGCCGACCCACCUGAGGGUGGGCUGGGCCAACACUAAGGGCUACGCUCCGUAUCCCGGUGGAGGAGAGGGAUGGGGGGGCAACGGUGUCGGGGACGAUCUGUACUCCUACAGCUUUGAUGGACUUCACCUGUGGUCAGGUCGAAUCCCCAGGGCCGUGGCCUCCAUCAACCAGCACCUGCUGAACUCUGACGACGUGGUCAGCUGCUGUCUGGAUUUGGGCGCUCCCAGCAUGUCCUUCAGGAUCAACGGGCAGCCCGUCCAGGGCAUGUUCGAGGACUUCAAUACAGAUGGAUUGUUCUUCCCUGUCGUCAGCUUCUCCGCAGGUGUCAAGGUUCGCUUUCUCUUGGGCGGACGGCAUGGAGAUUUCAAGUUCCUGCCGCCUGCUGGUUACUCUCCGUGCUACGAGGCGCUGUUGCCCAAAGAGAAGAUGCACGUGGAGCCUGUGAAGGAGUACAAGAGAGACCACGAGGGGAUCCGCGAUCUGCUGGGAACCACCAAGUUCCUCUCUCAGGCCUCCUUCAUCCCCACUCCUGUCGACACCACCCAGGUUGUUCUUCCCCCUCACCUGGACAACGUCCGAGACAAGCUGGCCGAAAACAUCCACGAGCUGUGGGGGAUGAACAAGAUUGAACUGGGCUGGACCUACGGCAAGGUUCGUGACGACAACAAGAGGCAGCACCCUUGCCUCGUGGAUUUCACCAAGCUGCCUGAAACUGAAAGGAACUACAACUUGCAGAUGUCUAGUGAAACACUUAAGACCCUGUUGGCACUGGGAUGCCAUGUUGCCCAGGUCAAUGUGAACGCUGAGGAUGAUCUGAAGAAAAUCAAACUACCCAAAGACUACAUGAUGUCUAAUGGAUAUAAGCCUGCGCCACUGGACCUCUCUGAUGUGAAACUGACUGCAGGUCAGGAGGUUCUAGUUGAUAAACUGGCCGAGAAUGCGCACAACGUGUGGGCCAAAGACAGAAUUAAACAAGGAUGGACCUAUGGCAUCCAGCAGGAUUUGAAGAGCAGGCGUAAUCCUCGCCUGGUUCCUUAUGCUUUACUGGACGAACGCACUAAGAAAUCUAACAGAGACAGUCUGAGAGAGGCUAUCAGGACCGUGGUUGGAUAUGGAUAUGACAUCGACCCCCCAGACCAGGAGGUCGUCCAUGUGUUGGACAAUCAGAGCAUCGAGACUAUUCGCUUCUUCCGCGUGGAGCAGACAUACGCAGUGAAGACAGGGAGGUGGUACUUUGAGUUUGAGGCCCUGAGUGGAGGCGAUAUGAGAGUUGGCUGGGCCAGACCAGGCUGCAGACCUGAUGUGGAACUGGGAACGGACAACCAGGCCUUUGUUUUCGACGGAUACAGGGUAAACUUGACGCUUUGUAAGAUGACUAACAACAUCGUCCAGAGGAGCAACUGCUACAUGGUGUGUGGAGCAGAUGCCGUCGCCCCGUCCUCCUCCAGCCGCACCAGCUCCGACCUGGAGAUCGGCUGUCUGAUUGACCUUGCCACCGGCCUCGUCUCCUUCACCGCCAAUGGAAAAGAGCUGCCUACAACUUAUCAGGUGGAGCCAAAUACUAAGCUCUUCCCAGCUGUGUUCGUGCGCCCCACCAGUGCAAACCUCUUCCAGUUUGAAUUUGUCAAGAUCAAGGACGCCAUGCCGCUCUCAUCGGCCAUAUUUAAGAGCGAGCACAGGAACCCGGUGCCGCAGUGCCCGCCACGACUGGAUGUGCAGACCAUCGUGGCCGUACUCUGGAGCCGGAUGCCAAACACCUUCCUCAGCGUGGAGACGGCUCGAGUCAGUGAGCGGCAUGGUUGGGUGGUCCAGUGUCUGGAGCCGCUGCAGAUAAUGGCUGUUCACAUACCUGAGGAGAACAGGUGUCUGGACAUCCUGGAGUUAUCUGAACAUGAAGAUCUCAGGAAGUUCCACUACCACACGCUGAAGCUGUACUGUGCCCUGUGCGCUCUGGGAAACACUCGUGUAGCUCACGCCCUCUGCAGCCACAUGGAUCAGUCACAGCUCCUCUACACCAUCGACAACCAGUACCUGUCCGGUAUGCUGAGAGAGGGCUUCUACAAUGUCCUCAUCAGCAUCCAUCUUGAGACGGCGAAGGAAGCUCGCCUAAUGAUGAAUAACGAGUUCAUCAUCCCUGUGACGGAUGAGACUCGCUCAAUCAAGCUGUUCCCAGACGAAUCCAAACGGCAUUCACUGCCUGGUGUGGGCCUGAGCACCUCCCUCAAACCCCGCGUCAACUUCUCCUCUGUCGGCAUCAUCGACACCAAACAACACCAGUACCUCUAUAGCCCCCAGAUCCCGCUGGGCAUCCUGAAAGAGAAAGCCAUCAGCAUGCUCACCGAGGCUGUGCAGGGCGGAGGCACACACAUCCGUGACCCCGUGGGCGGGAGCGUCAAGUACCACUUCGUCCCCAUUCUGAAGCUGAUUGGAACGCUGUUAAUCAUGGGAGUCCUCACCAGCGAGGAAGUGAGGCUGAUUCUCCUCCUUAUUGACCCCAAUGUGUUUGGAGAGUCCAAGGAGGGUGAGGAAGGGAAGGCGGAUGAGGUGACCGCGGCGGGGGAGAAGGAGGAGGUAAGCAAGAACGAAGAGAAGGCCGUGGAGGCGGGAGAAGAGGAGACCAAAGAGAGUAAACCGCCAGCUAAAGGUCUGCUGGAGAAGUCACUGCCCGAGCCUGUGAAACGCCAGAUGUGUGAGCUGCUGCAUUACUUCUGUGACUGCGAGCUGAAGCACCGCAUCGAGGCCAUCGUCUCAUUCUCUGACAGCUUUGUGUCGAAGCUGCAGUUCAACCAGAAGUUUCGCUACAACGAGCUGAUGCUGGCGCUCAACAUGUCCGCCGCUGUCACUGCCAAGAAGACCAAAGAGUUUCGUUCUCCGCCGCAGGAGCAGAUCAACAUCCUGUUGAAUUUCACUGCAGGGGAGGACUGCCCCUGUCCCGAGGAGAUCCAGGAAGAACUCAACUCCUUCCAUGAAGAACUGCGACUACACUGUGGAAUUCCGGUGGAGGAGGAAGAAGAGGAGCAGGACACGUCGAUUAAAGGCCGUCUCCUCGCUCUGCUCUACAAGAUCAAGGGUCCACCUCAGAAGACAGAAGAGGAACCCACCGAGACAGAACAGCCUCCUCCCACCAACCUGAAGGAGCUGAUCUCCCAGACUAUAACCAGCUGGGCCCAGGAGUCUCACAUCCAGGACCCAGAGCUGGUCAGAGUGAUGUUCAGCCUGCUGAGGCGGCAGUACGACGGCAUCGGGGAGUUGCUCCGGGCCAUGAAGAAAUCCUACACCAUCAGUGCUGCGUCCGUGCAGGAUGCUAUAAACCUGUUGGUAUCGCUGGGUCAAAUUAGGUCUCUGCUGUCAGUGCGUAUGGGCAAAGAGGAGGAGAAACUCAUGAUCGAUGGACUCGGCGACAUCAUGAACAACAAGGUUUUCUACCAACAUCCCAACCUGAUGAGGGUGCUGGGCAUGCACGAGACCGUCAUGGAGGUCAUGGUCAAUGUGCUGGGAGGAGACAAGUCACAGGAGAUUGCCUUCCCCAAGAUGGUGGCCAGCUGUUGUCGUUUCUUGUGCUACUUCUGUCGUAUCAGCCGCCAGAACCAGAAAGCCAUGUUUGACCACCUGAGCUACCUGCUGGAGAACAGCAGCGUCGGACUGGCCUCUGAAGCGAUGCGGGGCUCCACUCCGCUGGAUGUGGCGGCGUCGUCAGUGAUGGAUAACAACGGCCUGGCUCUGGCCCUGGAGGAGCCUGACCUGGAGAAGGUGGUGAUGUACCUGGCGGGUUGUGGUCUUCAGAGCUGCGCUAUGUUGCUUGCCAAGGGUUACCCAGACCUCGGCUGGAACCCCAUCGAGGGAGAGCGCUACCUGUCCUUCCUGAGGUUCGCCGUCUUCUGCAACGGGGAGAGCGUGGAGGAAAAUGCCAAUGUGGUGGUGAAGCUGCUGAUCCGACGACCUGAGUGUUUCGGCCCGGCCCUGAGGGGAGAGGGAGGCCAGGGUCUGCUGGCCGCCAUGAAGGAGGCCAUCAAGAUCGCUGAGGACCCUGCUCUGGACUUGCCAAAGACCCCCGUCGGAGUCACGACUGGGUCUGGUGAGGAAGAAGGAGAAAUCAUCCACAUGGGCAACGCCAUCAUGUCCUUCUACUCAGCGCUUAUCGACCUGCUGGGACGUUGUGCUCCGGAGAUGCAUCUUAUCAACGCGGGUAAAGGUGAAGCUCUGCGUAUCAGAGCCAUCCUGCGCUCUCUGGUUCCGACAACAGACCUCGUGGGCGUCAUCAGCAUCCCCCUCAAAAUGCCCGUGGUUAACAAAGAUGGCACAGUGACCGAGCCCGACAUGUCAGCCUGUUUCUGUCCGGACCACAAGGCCCCCAUGGUGCUCUUCCUGGACCGAGUGUACGGAAUCGAGGACCAGAGCUUCCUGCUCCAGAUGUUGGAGGUUGGCUUCCUGCCUGACCUCCGUGCCUCAGCAUCUCUGGAUACGGAGGUGUUGAGCACCACUGAGACGGCGUUGGCCAUGAACAGAUACAUCGGCUCGGCCCUGCUGCCUCUGCUGACCCGCUGUGCCGCCCUCUUCGCCAGCACCGACCACUACGCUCAGCUGAUCGACUCCACGCUGCAGACCAUCUACCGGCUGUCCAAAGGCCGCUCACUCACCAAAGCCCAAAGGGAUGCCAUCGAGGACUGUCUGCUCGCUAUCUGCAAGCAUCUGCGUCCCUCCAUGAUGCAGCAGCUGCUUAGACGUCUGGUGUUUGAUGUUCCCAUGCUGACGGAAUACUGCAAGAUACCUCUGCGGCUGAUGACCAACCACUAUGAGCAAAACUGGAAGUACUAUUGCCUGCCGACUGGUAUGGGCAGCUCUGGCACGGCCUCCGAGGAGGAGCUGCUCCUCACCAAGAAACUGUUCUGGGGAAUCUUUGACUCGCUCUCUCAGAAGAAGUACGACGCCGACCUUUUCAAAAUGGCCAUGUCUUGUCUGUGUGCUAUCGCCGGAGCCCUGCCGCCUGACUUCGUGGAUGCCAGUCUCGGGGCAACACUGGAGAAACAGGCAUCAGUGGAUGCACAGGGCAACUUUGACCCCAAACCCAUUAACACUGUCAAUAUCUCCCUUCCUGAAAAACUUGAGUACAUUGCCAACAAAUAUGCAGAGCAUUCCCAUGACAAGUGGUCCUCAGAGAAGGUGUCAGCCGGCUGGAAACACGGAGACAAUAUGGAUGAGCAGAAUAAAACCCAUCCGCUGCUGAAAGCUUACAAAGCUCUGAGUGAGAAGGAGAGAGAAACAUACCGCUGGCCAGUGAGGGAGUCGUUGAAGAGCAUGUUGGCUAUGGGCUGGAACGUUGAGAGGACCAAGGAGGGCGAAGCCAUUUUCCAACAGCGAGAGAGCGAAAAACAACGAAAGAUCUCGGAGUCUCAGGUUAAUGGAUUCAGUCCUGCUGUGAUGGACCUGCAUAAUGUCACUUUGUCCAGAGAACUACAGGGUAUGGUGGAGGUGGUUGCUGAAAAUUACCACAACAUCUGGGCCAAGAAGAAGAAAACUGAGCUCGUUAGCAAAGGAGGAGGGACCCACCCGCUGCUGGUUCCCUAUGACACCCUGACGGCUAAAGAGAAGUACAGAGACAGAGAGAAGGCCCAGGAGCUCUUCAAGUUUCUGCAGAUCAGUGGCUAUGCUAUCACAAGAGGUCUGAAGGACAUGGAGCAGGAGUCGUCAUCCAUGGAGAAGCGUUUUUCCUUCAAGUUCCUCAAGAGGAUGUUGAACUAUAUCGACUCUGCUCAGGAGUUCAUCGCUCACCUGGAGGCCAUGGCCACCAGUGGGAAAACGGACAAAUCACCUCAUGACCAGGAAAUUAAGUUCUUUGCCAAGGUGUUGCUUCCUCUGGCCGAUCAAACCUUUAAGAACCACUGUCUUUACUUCCUGUCCACGCCCAGCAAGAACAUGAGCAGCUGCGGCUGUGCCUCCAACAAAGAGAAAGAGAUGGUCACAAGCCUGUUCUGUAAACUGGCAGCUCUUGUCAGACAUAGGAUUUCUCUCUUCGGGAGUGACUCGGCAAUGAUGGUGAGCUGUCUGCACAUCAUCACUCACUCACUUGACACCAGGACGGUGAUGAAGUCCGGCUCGGAGCUGGUCAAAGCCGGGUUUAAGACUUUCUUCGAGAACGCGGCCGAGGACCUGGAGAAGCUGCUGGAGAUGCUGAAACUGGGGAAGUUCAUGCAGUCUCGGGCCCAGAUGAAGAGCGUCAGCCAGAGCAUCAACUACGUGACGGUGGCGCUGCUGCCCAUCCUUACCGCUGUGUUCGAACACAUCAGGACACAUGAAUUUGGGGUGGACCUGCUGUUGGAUGACGUUCAGCUGUCCUGCUACCGAAUCCUGACGUGUUUCUAUUCUCUGGGAACAGGAAAGAACCCCUUUAUGGAGAGGCAUCUCCCUGCUCUGGGUGAGAGUCUUGCAACCUUGGUGGGAGCCAUGCCUGUAGCUUUCCUGGAGCCCCACCUGAACGCCCACAACCCACUUUCUGUCUUCAACACCAAGACCCCCCGAGAGAGAGCCAUUCUCAGCAUGCCGGACACGGUGGUGGAGAUGUGUCCGGAGAUGCCUCAUCUUGAAAGACUCCUGAAAGAUGUCAAUGAUGUCUCAGAGUCUGGUGCUCGCUACUGUGACAUGCCACAGGUCAUUGAGGUGAUCCUCCCCAUGCUGUGUAACUACCUCUCCUACUGGUGGGAGAAAGGUCCAGAGAACUCACCUCCAGAUGCCCUGUGCUGCACCAUGGUGACGUCUGAACACCUCAGCAUCAUCCUGGGAAAUAUCCUCAGGAUCCUCAACAACAACCUGGGCAUUGAUGACGCUCCCUGGAUGAAGAGGAUUGCAGUUUACUCUCAGCCAAUCAUCUGCAAGGCUGGGGCAGAUCUGCUGAGAACCCACUUCCUGCCCACACUGGACAAAUUAAAGAAGAAGACGGUGAAGGUUGUGGCUGAGGAGGAGCUGCUGAAGGCCGACAGUAAAGGUGACAACCAGGAGGCUGAGCUGCUCAUCCUGGAUGAGUUCGCUGUGCUCUGCAGGGACCUCUAUGCUUUCUACCCCAUGCUCAUCCGAUACGUGGAUAUCAACAGGUGUCGGUGGUUGAAGGAGCCUGACGCAUACUCCACUGAGCUCUUCAGGAUGGUGGCUGAGAUCUUUAUCCUCUGGUGCAAGUCCCAUAACUUUAAACGUGAGGAGCAAAACUAUGUGGUUCAGAAUGAAAUCAACAAUUUGGGCUUCCUGACUGAAGAAGGCAAGACGAAGAUGUCCAAGUCAGGUGGGGACCAGGAGAGGAAACAUAAGCGUCGUCGUGGGGAAUAUUACUCCAUCCAGACGUCUUUGAUCGUCGCUGCCUUGAAGAAGAUGCUGCCCAUCGGCCUCAACAUGUGCACCCCCGGUGACCAGGAGCUCAUCUCAUUGGCUAAGAUACGCUACAGUCUGAGAGACACAGAUGAUGAGGUGAAGGAGCACUUGCGUCAGAAUCUCCAUCUCCAGGACAAAUCGGAUGAUCCAGCGGUCCAGUGGCAGUUGGACCUGUACAAGGACGUGGUGGUGAAGAGCGAGGAACCCGCCAACCCGGAACACUCGGUGAACCGAGUCCAGAGCAUCUCUGCUGCAGUUUUCCAUCUGGAGCAGGUCGAGCAGCCUCUGAGGAAUAAGAAGUGUGUGUGGCAGAAGCUGCUCUCCAAACAGCGUAAGCGAGCUGUGGUGGCCUGUUUCCGUAUGGCUCCACUCUACAAUCUGCCCCGGCAUCGCGCUAUCAACUUCUUCAUCCCGGCCUAUCAGAGACUUUGGAUAGAGGCAGAGGAGUACUCCUUUGAGGAGAAGCUAGUUCAGGAUCUGGCAAAAACCCCGAUGAAGAUUGUGGAGGAGGAGGAAGAGGAGGUGGCUGAGAUCCAGCCUGACCCUCUUCAUCAGCUCAUCCUCCACUUCAGCCACAACGCUCUGACAGAGAGAAGUCACUUGGAACAAGACCCUUUGUAUAUUGCAUAUGCAGACAUGAUGGCAAAGAGCUGUGCAGAGGAUGAGGAAGAGGAAGAGGAAGAAGGGAAAGAAAAGACAUUUGAGGAGAAAGAGAUGGAAAAGCAGAAGAUCCUGUAUCAGCAGGCGAGGCUGCAUGCCCGCGGGGCAGCUGAGAUGGUGUUGCAGAUGAUCAGCGCCAGUAAAGGACGUUUAGGCCCCAUGGUGACAUGCACCCUCAAACUGGGGAUCUCCAUCCUAAAUGGAGGCAACGUACGAGUUCAACAGAAAAUGCUUGAUUACCUGAAAGAAAAAAGAGAUGCUGGGUUUUUCAAGAGUCUCUCAGGACUGAUGCAGUCUUGCAGUGUCCUGGACUUGAAUGCAUUUGAGAGGCAGAACAAAGCAGAAGGUCUUGGCAUGGUGACAGAUGAAGGGUCAAUCCACACUGAGCGGGGCUCCAAGGUGCUACAGAAUGAUGAGUUUACUAAAGAUCUCUUCCGGUUUUUGCAACUUCUCUGUGAGGGGCACAAUGGAGAUUUCCAGAACUUCCUGAGAACCCAGACUGGAAACACAACCACAGUGAACAUCAUUAUCAGCACUGUGGACUAUCUGCUCCGUCUUCAGGAAUCUAUCAGUGACUUCUACUGGUACUACUCUGGCAAGGAGGUCAUUGAUGAGACUGGAAAAGUCAACUUCUCCCAAGCUUUAUCUGUCGCCAAGCAGAUAUUCAACUCGCUCACUGAGUAUAUUCAGGGCCCGUGUAUUGGGAACCAGCAGAGUCUGGCUCACAGCAGACUGUGGGAUGCAGUUGUUGGCUUCUUGCAUGUAUUUGCCAACAUGCAGAUGAAACUAUCACAGGAUGCCAGUCAGAUUGAGCUGUUGAAGGAGCUGAUGGAUUUACAGAAGGACAUGGUUGUCAUGUUGCUGUCACUGCUGGAGGGUAACGUGGUGAAUGGAACAAUUGGAAAGCAGAUGGUCGACACCCUGAUGGAGUCCUCCAGCAACGUGGAGAUGAUCCUCAAGUUCUUUGACAUGUUCCUCAAACUGAAGGAUCUGACGACCUCCGAAAACUUCAGGGAGUACGACCCCGAGUGCAAAGGCAUCAUCUCAAAGAAGGAGUUCCAGAAGUCCAUGGAGAGUCAGAAACAGUACAGCCAGUCAGAGAUCGAUUUCCUGCUCUCGUGUGCAGAGGCCGAUGAGAACGAUAUGUUUAAUUACAAGGAGUUCGUCGAGCGGUUCCACGAGCCGGCCAAAGAUAUCGGCUUCAACGUGGCGGUGCUGCUGACCAACCUGUCGGAGCACAUGCCGCACGACUCUCGACUCGCCACCUUCCUGGAUCUGGCGGAGAGCGUGCUCAGCUACUUCGAACCGUACCUGGGUCGUAUUGAAAUCAUGGGCAGUGCGAAGCGCAUCGAGAGGGUUUACUUCGAGAUCAGCGAGUCGAGCCGCGAGCAGUGGGAGAAGCCGCAGGUCAAAGAGUCCAAGCGUCAGUUCAUCUUUGAUGUGGUCAACGAGGGCACAGAGAGCGAGAAGAUGGAAAUGUUUGUGAACUUCUGUGAGGACACCAUCUUUGAGAUGCAGCUGGCCUCGCAGAUCUCUGAGCCGGACGUGGUGGAACAACCCGAGGAGGAGGAAGAGGAGGAGGUACACAACAUCCUAGAGGAGCUGGCUGGAGAGGAAGGAGGCGCCUCGGAGUCAGCCUCGGCCUUCAGCACCGCCUGUUGCUCUGUCAAGAAGAAGUUAGCGAACGUCCGCCAAAUAUUUUCUUUUAAAAACGUCCGCAAGCAGUUCAAGAAAAUCAAGAAACUGAGCAUCAGGGAGAUCAUCACCGGCUUCUUCUCCUUCUUCUGGAUGCUCUUCACCGGCUUCUUUAAAGGAAUCUACAGCCUCGUCUUUGGUUUCUUCCACCUCAUCUGGUCCUCCAUGUUCGGCGGAGGCCUGGUGGAGGGCGCCAAGAACAUAAAGGUGACGGACAUCCUCGGAAACAUGCCUGACCCGACUCAGUUUGGUAUCCAUGGUGAUGUGGUAGAAGGGGAGAAAGUGGAGGCCGUGGAGUUAUCGGGAAGCUUGGACACAGCCAUGGCGCCGGCAGGAGACAUCGCAGAGGUGGACAUGAUGUUGGAGAUGCUGUCGGCGCCUAAAAGGGAAGGAGGGAAACACGUGGAGCCCGGCCUGGGUGACGUCUCGGAGCUGAGCGCAGAAAUAUCCAGCACUGAGCAGAAAAAGAAAGCUGCCGCCAAACCCGUCGAAACCCCCGAGAGUGAACCAGAAAAAGCAGACACAGAGAAGGAGGAUAAGCCAAAGGAGGAGGAAGCAAAGGAACCAGUGACGGAGGAGAAGCCCAAGACCAGAUCGAGUCAACCUAAAGAGGCAGCGCCGGCCUUCAUGUCCAGCAUCUUUGCCGUUCUGGACAUCUACCUGACCAAGAUGCUGAACUACCUGGCUCGUAACUUCUACAACCUGCGUUUCCUGGCUCUGUUCGUGUGCUUCGCCAUCAACUUCAUCCUGCUCUUCUACAAGGUCACCGCUGAAGCUGAAGAGGAAGUCGACGAUGAAACCACCUGGGGCGGCGACGAGGAGGAGGGGGACGACGAGAACACGUUGUUUGACAUGGAUGAGUUUGUUCUUCAGGAGAGCACCGGCUACAUGUUACCAACGCUGCGCUUCCUGGCCAUAUUCCACACCGUCAUCUCGCUUGUGUGUUUGGUCGGGUACUACUAUCUGAAGGUUCCUCUGGUGGUGUUCAAGAGGGAGAAGGAGAUCGCCAGGAAGCUUGAAUUUGACGGCCUCUACAUCACCGAGCAGCCGUCCGAUGAUGACAUCAAGGGCCAGUGGGAUCGACUCGUCAUCAAUACGCCGUCUUUCCCCAGCAACUACUGGGACAAGUUCAUCAAGCGGAAGGUGAUCAACAAAUAUGGCGACAUGUACGGAGCUGAACGCAUCGCUGAGCUCUUGGGUCUGGAUAAAAGCGCUCUGGACUUUGACCCCACGGUGGAGGCUGUGGAGAAAGAAGCCUCCCUGGUCUCCUGGCUGAGCUCCAUCGAUACGAAGUAUCACAUCUGGAAAAUGGGAGUAGUUUUGACCGACAAUUCCUUCCUGUAUCUGAUCUGGUACACCACCAUGUCCAUCUUCGGACACUUCAACAACUUCUUCUUCGCUGCUCAUUUGCUGGACAUCGCCAUGGGCUUCAAGACGCUCCGCACCAUCCUGUCCUCCGUCACUCACAAUGGGAAGCAGCUGGUGCUGACUGUGGGUCUGCUGGCUGUGGUCGUCUAUCUCUACACCGUGGUGGCCUUCAACUUCUUCAGGAAGUUCUACAACAAGAGCGAGGACGAGGACGAGCCCGACAUGAAGUGUGACGACAUGAUGACGUGCUACUUGUUCCACAUGUACGUCGGUGUGAGGGCUGGCGGUGGCAUUGGAGACGAGCUGGAGGACCCGGCCGGAGACCCCUACGAGCUCUAUCGCAUCCUGUUCGACAUCACCUUCUUCUUCUUUGUCAUCGUCAUCCUGCUCGCCAUCAUUCAAGGUUUGAUCAUCGACGCCUUCGGUGAGCUGAGAGAUCAGCAGGAGCAGGUGAAGGAGGACAUGGAGACCAAAUGCUUCAUCUGUGGCAUCGGGAACGACUACUUCGAUCGGACGCCUCACGGGUUUGAAACUCACACCUUACAAGAGCACAACCUGGCCAACUACCUGUUCUUCCUGAUGUACCUGAUCAACAAGGACGAGACUGAACACACGGGUCAGGAGUCGUACGUGUGGAAGAUGUACCAGGAGAGAUGCUGGGACUUCUUCCCGACCGGAGACUGCUUCCGUAAACAAUACGAGGACCAGCUGGGUUAGCGAGGUGGGCGGAGCCCCCCCCGUCUCUACUUUCCUUCCACCUGAAAGAGACAAUGGAAUCGACUUCACCCUGUUAACAGAACCUGAACUCUCUCUCUCUCUCUCUCACUCUCUCUGCUGCCAUGGCGACGGAAAGAAUAAUCAUUUUCAAUUUUAAAAACCUAAAGAAAAAAAAAAUAUAAUAUAUAAGUAAGAAUUCUAACGAACGAGUGGACAUUUGUUCAUCCGAGUCCUUUUUACGUCACCUGCCACGAUACCUCUUUUAUGCAAAGUCAUCCUUUGAUUCUGACUCACAUCGCCUUCUCACCUGUUUAACCCCCCCGACCUGCGGCACAAGCUGCCGCGUGUGUGAAACACGCGGAGGGUUACGGCACGACGACGACCGAACGUCCGAAUAUGCAUAUUUUCUAGAUUAACGCCAGGAUGUUAGCGUCACUUCUCAAACCAACCGAGUGGAUGUGCGCUGCUGCUGCUAUUGAUCCAGUUGACGUCAGAUGAAACGAGCGAUCUGCCUUUCACAGCUGGUUCACAUCUGUCCGAGGUCGAGACGAACUUGGUUCCUGCGGGAGCAGAGACGACUCACUUUAGGUGAUUAUCACGAGCCGACGUGCCUUAAGAGAAACUAUGCACAAAAAAUAAUCUAUAAAGAAAAAAACUCCUUUUUCUUCCCUCCUGACACAAGCGGCGCGCUCUUAGCUCUGGAUUAGUUACAAGCAGAUUUCGCUCAAGUUAGUUUUGUGGCUUUUAAUUAAAAAAAGAAAAACCCCAGAAACAUUUGUUGUAUAAAAUCUAGAUGACCCUUUGUGUAAAUGUUGCUUAGUUUGGUUUUGUUCCUGAGCUGUGGCGUCCUGCCUGCCUGCACUUCUUUCCACAGUAGAAGAACCCCACAACAAGAGGAAAACGGAGAAAACAAAACCUUGUUCAGGGAUUUAUUGACGACAAGAUGGUUGACUGCUACUGUAUGGCCAUUUGUAUGUAUGUAGACGCUUUGGUAAACUGCAUUUCUUUUAACGAGGGGGAGGAAAUGAAUAACAAUAAAUGAAUUGACGCAAUAAA